UCCGCCACAGCUACCUUUUCUAUGCUAUUUCAAGAUGGCGUCAAGCGGAGGCGAUGGGGAACACGAAUGGACAGCGGCAGUACGACCGCUGUUAUCAGCAUCGUAUACCGCUUUUGAAACGAAGGAGCUACCUCAGCUUAUUGGCUCUAUAAUUAACAGUGAAUCAGACAUUCUUCACCAUGACAAACAAUAUGAGCCUUUCUACUCCUCGUUUGUGGCUCUUUCUGCACAUUACAUCACCACAGUUUGUGGACAAAUACCAAGGAAUCAGUUGCUGUCGGUUGCCUCAGCAUGCAAAGUAUUGAUUGAAUUCUCGUUGCUUCGCCUUGAGAAUCCAGACGAGGCAUGUGCAGUAUCACAGAAACACCUGAUUCUUCUAAUAAAAGGCCUUUGCACUGGCUGCAGCAGACUAGAUCGGACAGAGAUCAUUACCUUCACUGCUAUGAUGAAGUCUGCCAAGUUGCCUCAAACUAUCAAGACUCUUUCAGAUGUGGAAGAUCAGAAAGACCUACCCAGUGCUGUGAACCCAGAGCUUCGACAAAAAGAAGUUCAAAUGAACUUCUUCAACCAACUGACUUCAGUUUUCAACCCUGACCUCACCUCCAUCUUAGGAUCCCCUUCAUCAGCACACAUGCAGGCUGAGAGUGAUGGUGAUGACCAAACCACAGAUCAAGCUGUUCAGGCCAAAAUGAAGAAUGCCUUUGUCUCUCAGAAUGUGUCAAGCCUUCAGGAACUCGGUGGGUCUGAGAAGUUACUACGAGUGUGCCUCAACCUGCCCUACUUCCUACGUUACAUCAACCGGUUUCAAGAUGCUGUGUCAGCCAACUCUUUCUUUAUCAUGCCCGCCACAGUGGCUGAUGCCACUGCUGUCCGCAAUGGGUUUCACUCUUUGGUGAUAGAUGUCACCAUGGCUCUGGACACACUUUCUCUGCCUGUACUGGAACCUCUGACACCAGGGAGACUAUUGGACAUGACUGUGCUGGCUUUGAGCUGUCUCUAUGCAGGUGUGAGUGUGGCCACUUGCAUGGCCAUUCUGCAGGUUGGCAGCGGCUUGCAGCUUCGCUCUGCCUCCACAGGCACAAAAGAAGAGGACUAUGAAAACGAUGCUGCAACAAUUGUUCAGAAAUGUCUGGAGAUUUAUGAAAUGAUCGGACAAGCAAUCAGUAACUCUCGAAGAGCUGGGGGAGAGCAUUACCAAAACUUCCAGCUGCUUGGAGCCUGGUGCUUAUUGAACAGCUUGUACCUGAUUCUUAACCUGAGCCCAACCGCCCUGGCAGAUAAAGGCAAAGAGAAAGAUCCACUGGCCGCCCUUCGAGUUAGAGAUAUUGCUGCUCGCACAAAGGAUGGUGCAGGAUCGCCCAAGCUUGGUCCUGGCAAAGGGCAUCAAGGAUUUGGAGUUUUAUCUGUUAUUCUGGCCAACCAUGCCAUCAAACUUUUGACUUCACUUUUCCAGGAUCUGCAGGUGGAGGCAUUGCAUCGGGGUUGGGCUAGUGAUGGACCCCCAGCUGAGCUCAACAUCAUGGCGCAGAGCACUUCCAUCCAGAGGGUCCAGAGAUUAAUCGACUCCGUGCCCCUGACCAAUUUACUUUUCACUCUUCUCUCCACUUCUUACAAAAAGGCAUGUGUUCUCCAGCGUCAAAGGAAGGGCUCGGUGAGCAGUGACGCCAGUGCUUCGACAGAUUCCAACACCUACUAUGAGGACGAUUUUAGUAGUACAGAGGAGGAUAGCAGCCAAGCAGAAAGAAGACAGGAGAAGACAAAUGCAGCUUGUGUAUCAGAUGAUGACAGUGAACCCAUUUUAGGACUGUGGUUCGAAGAGACCAUUUCUCCAACCAAAGAUAAAGUGGCUCCACCACCACCUCCACCUCCACCGCCACUCGAAACAUCUCCGAGGCUGAAGAGCCCAAGCAAACAGAAUCAAAGUGAGAAUGGCAACAUUUUGGCUGGUCGGAAGGAUCCGGAGCUGUUCCUCAGCUUGGCGUCAAGCAUUCUCAACUUCAUCACCACCUCAAUGUUGAAGUCCAGGAACAACUUCAUUCGCAACUACCUUAGUGUGUCUCUCACAGAGCAACACAUGGCUACACUGGCCAGCAUAAUCAAAGAUGUGGAUAAAGAUGUCAAAGCCUCCUCAGACGAAGUGUUUUCUCUGGCUUUGUACCACUUCAACCACACCUUAGUGACGUCAGAUCUUCCAUCCCCAGCAUUGCAGAACACUCUCCUUCAGCAGUUAGGAGUUGCUCCCUUUUCAGAGGGUCCCUGGCCUCUGUACAUUCACCCCCAAUCAUUAUCGGUUCUGUCCAGACUUGUUCUCAUAUGGCAGCACAAAGCCAAUGUGCAAGGAGAGCCAGAUGUUCCUGAGUGCAUGAAAAUCUGGGAAAGAUUUUUAGGAACCUUGAAACAACACACUGUGCAGGGUUCCAUUCAUGGGGACGAUGACCUUAACGUGGAGCACCUUCAACUGCUUUUGCUCCUUUUCCACAAUCUGUCGGAACGUGGCCGCAGAUCCGUCCUCACCAUGGUCACCCAAGCCAUUACCGAUGUGGCCCAGAGCAAAGACUCCCAACUGAAAGCUGUGCCUCUCAACCUGGCUCGGCUGUUGCUACUUUUUGACUAUUUGAUCCGUCACUAUUCCAAAGCCCCCUUGUACCUAUUUGAGCAGGUUCAGUACAACCUCCUUACCCCACCAUGCACCGGGUCAGGUUCUGUCCAGGAUGGGGGCAAACGCGGCAAUGUCCCACUUUACUAUGGAUUCAAGGAAGUUGAAGAGAACUGUGCGAAACACUGUUCAUCAGAAUCAAAUCAGCAACCCAAGUUCUACUGUGUGCUGUCCCCUGAAGCAUCUGAGGAUGAUAUAAGCAGACUAGACAACAAGGUAUUCCCCAAACUGUUCAAUGGGGCUGUUAAAUAUGAUGAACUGUAUGCAUGGCUUGUCUCGCUCUUGGCAGCAGGCUCUCAGUUUGACACAGCCAGAAGACAAGAAAACAAACCCAUCACUCCUAUGGAGGCUUGCUCGCUUCAGUACUACUUUCUAGUACUUUGGAGAGUCCUGGGUGUCUUACCACCCUCCAAAGCCUUCAUUGAACAGCUGAAAAAUGGUUGCAGCGAUCCCAGUGAGAGUGACAUCCUGCAUACACUCCGGUGGUCCUCACGCCUGCGAGUGUCUACAUACGUGAACUGGAUUAAGGAGCACUUGGUGAAGCAAGGGAUGAAAGCAGAGCAGGCAGCCUCUCUGGUGGAGAUGACCGUUUCUAAAUGCAGCACUGUUAAAUACGACGUGGAGCUUGCAGAAGAGUACAUUGCCAGACAGAUUUCCACCUUUUCAAGUGUCGAUCCAAAUGCUGUUCUUCCGCUUCAUCAGCUGCCCUCUCUUCAAGCAGUUUAUACUCUGGAUGCUGUCAUCUCUAAAGUUCAAGUUUCUUUAGACGAACAUAUGUCUAAGGUUGCAAUUGAGGCUGAAGCUCACAAAUCCUCUGACAUCACAAAAAACCUGCUCCCUGCCACGUUACAGCUCAUUGACAGUUACACAGCUUUCACAAGAUCUUACUUGCUGAUGAACAUCCCAGAAGAAGGGGAGAACAAGCUGAGUACUGCAAAGCUCCAAGGUUAUGCGGCGGUUUUGUCCAUUGGCUCUACCCGAUGCAAGGCUAACACUCUGGGUCCCAGUCUGAUGCAGAACUUACCAUCAGCUGUUCAGACAAUAAGUGAGACUUGGAACAACAUCCACACAAAUGAGUUCCCCAACAUUGGCUCAUGGCGAAACGCUUUUGCCAAUGACACCAUUCCAGCAGAGAGUUACAUCAGUGCCAUCCAAGCAGCUCAUCUGGGCACCUUAAGCUGCCAGUCCUUACCUCUGGCCUCUUCUCUUAAGCACAUCCUUUUGUCAUUGGUUCGCCUCACUUUUGAUCUCAUUGCCACAGAGGAGCUGAAUCCCUCACAGGUCGUCAGCACUCUGCUGCCCCUCCUGCUGGAGAGCAGCACAGAGAGUGUAGCAGAGAUCAGCAGCACCUCACUGGAGCGCAUCCUCGGACCCUCAGAGUCCGAUGCCUUCCUCGCCCGCAUCUAUGAGCGUCUGGUGACUGGAUGUUACAACAUCAUUGCACAUCAUUCAGACCCCAACAGUGGUUUGGAUGAAUCAAUCCUUGAGGAAUGUCUCCAGUAUCUAGAAAAACAGCUGGAGAACAGUCAGGUUCGAAAGGCCAUGGAAGAAUUUUUUUCAUUCAGUGGUGAGCUGGUCCAGAUUAUGAUGGCAACAGCCAAUGAAAACUUGUCUGCAAAGUUUUGUAACAGAGUUCUGAAGUUCUUCACCAAGCUUUUCCAGCUCACGGAGAAGAGUCCAAACCAAAGCCUGUUGUCUUUGUGUGGCUCCUUGGCCCAGCUGGCUUGUGUGGAGCCAUCACGUCUGCAGUCCUGGCUGACCCGUAUGACGGCCACCCCACCAAAAGAUUCCGAGCACCUGGAAAUUGUGCAGGAAAAUCGACAGCUUCUGCAACUCCUCACAACUCACAUUGUGCGGGACAACAGCCAGGUUGGAGAAGGAGUAUGCACCGUGCUCCUCAGCACGCUGAUUCCCAUGGCAACAGACAUGCUGGCCAGUGGGGAUGGAACAGGCUUUCCUGAGCUCAUGGUCAUUAUGGCGACCCUGGCUAGUGCUGGCCAGGGGGCUGGUCACCUGCAGCUUCACCGGGCAUCUAUCGACUGGCUGACAAGAUGUAAAAAGUAUUUAACACAGAAAAAUGUUGUGGAGAAAGUGAGUGCAAACUUGUCCCAUGGAAAGCAUGCCAGUAUGCUGGAGUGUGCGUGCCACAUCAUAUCCUAUCUGGCUGAUGUGAUGAAUGCUUUGCGACAAAGUAGCGGCCAGGGCACUUUAGCUUUGCUGAUGGAGGGAGAGGAGAAAACAAUGGAGGUCGACUCUGACUGGGUGGAAGAACUUGCAGUGGAGGAGGAGGAUUCCCAGGCAGAGGACUCGGAUGAAGACUCUUUGUGCAACAAACUCUGCACUUUUACCAUAACUCAGAAGGAGUUCAUGAACCAGCACUGGUACCACUGUCACACCUGUAAGAUGGUGGAUGGGGUAGGUGUGUGCACAGUGUGUGCCAAGGUCUGUCACAAAGACCAUGAGAUCUCCUAUGCCAAAUAUGGCUCUUUCUUCUGUGACUGCGGUGCCAAAGAGGAUGGCAGCUGCCAGGUGAGACCGAAUACCUCAGGUCAUCAUGGGAAGAGAACAACAGCGGCUUUGGUCAAACGCAGUCCCAGCAGUGGAAUCAGCUCCACUCUGAAAGAAUCCUCAGCCUUCCAGAGUGAUCUGCGAAUGCCUGAAAGUGCUAUCCGCCACCAGAACGCUUCACCCUCUGACAAAGGCAAAGUUACCAUCUGCGACGGCAAAUCUGUAGAUGAAGACAAACCCAAGAAGAGCAGCGUGUGCAAGAGCAUCGAAGGCUGCCAGGAGGAGUUGCUGACACAAGUGAUGGGAUCUUGCACUGCAGCUGUAAUCCUUGAGAUGCUCAUGUUUCUCAUGGAAGCCAUCCAGACCAAUUUUCAGCAAGCAUCUGCAGUGGGGAGCAGCAGCCGUGCUCAACAGGCCCUUAACGAACUGCACACUCAGGAUAAAAACGUGGAGAUGACGGACCAGUUAAUGGUGCCCACACUUGGAUCUCAGGAAGGGGCUUUUGAAAACGUGCGCAUGAACUACAGUGGUGAUCAGGGGCAAACAAUACGACAGUUAAUCAGUGCUCAUGUGUUGCGGCGUGUUGCGAUGUGUGUCCUUUCUUCACCACAUGGUCGACGGCAGCAUCUGGCAGUGAGCCAUGAAAAAGGAAAGAUAACAGUCCUGCAGCUGUCCACGCUCCUAAAGCAAGCAGACUCGAGCAAGAGGAAGCUAACAUUGACCCGGCUCGCUUCUGCCCCAGUUCCUUUCACCGUACUCAGCCUCACAGGAAACCCCUGCAAUGAGGAUUACCUGGCUGUGUGUGGCCUUAAGGACUGCCAUGUUUUAACUUUCAGCAGCACCGGCUCUGUGUCAGACCAUCUGGUACUACACCCACAGCUGGCCACAGGCAACUUCAUCAUCAAAGCAGUCUGGCUACCAGGCUCUCAAACCGAACUCGCCAUCAUCACUGCUGACUUUGUUAAGAUCUAUGACUUGUCGGUGGAUGCUUUAAGUCCCAUGUACUACUUCCUGCUCCCUAGUUCCAAGAUCCGAGACGCGACAUUCCUUUUCAACGAAGAGGGGAAAAACAUCAUUGUCAUCAUGUCUUCAGCAGGCUACAUGUACACUCAGAUCAUGGAUGAAUCCAGCAGUGCUCAGCACGGUCCUUUCUAUGUCACUAACGUGUUGGAGAUUACCCAUGAAGACUUGAAGGAUUCCAACGGACAGGUGGCCGGUGGCGGUGUGUCCGUCUACUACUCCCAUGUCCUCCAGAUGCUUUUCUUCAGCUACAGUCAAGGAAAAUCUUUUGCUGCCACAGUGAAUCGAAGCACAACGGAUGUUCAGAAGCUUUUUCCAAUCACUGUCAAAUGCUCCAAUGGAGGAAGCAGCAAAAUGUCACCUGCUCUGUGCCAGUGGUCAGAGGUCAUGAACCACCCUGGUCUGGUUUGCUGCGUGCAGCAGACGACAGGCAUACCUCUAGUGAUCAUGGUCAAACCCGACACUUUCCUCAUUCAGGAGAUUAAAACUUUGCCAGCCAAAGCAAAGAUUCAAGAUAUGGUAGCCAUUCGACACACUGCCAGCAAUGAGCAGCAACGCACAACCAUGAUUCUUCUUUGUGAAGACGGCAGUCUAAGAAUCUACAUGGCGAAUGUGGACAACACCUCACACUGGCUCCAGCCAUCUCUGCAGCCCAGUUGUGGAAUCAGUAUCAUGAAACCUGUCCGCAAGCGCAAAACUGCUGCUGCAACCACUCGGACAUCCAGUCAGGUGACGUUUCCAGUGGACUUCUUUGAACACAACCAGCAGCUGACAGAGGUGGAGUUUGGUGGCAAUGACUUGCUGCAAGUCUACAAUGGGCAGCAGAUCAAACAUAGACUGAACUCUACUGGGAUGUAUGUGGCAAACACAAAGCCUGGGGGUUUCACUGUGGAAGUGGUAAACAACAACAGUUCAAUGGUGAUGACAGGCAUGCGUGUUCAGGUGGGCACUCAAGCCAUUGAGAGAGCCCCUUCCUAUGUAGAGGUCUUUGGCCGCACCAUGCAGAUUAAUUUGACAAGAGCACGCUGGUUUGACUUCCCUUUCACCAGAGAAGAGGCCCUGCAAGCUGACAAGAAGCUGUCCAUAUUCAUUGGUGCAUCAGUUGAUCCAGCUGGAGUGACCAUGCUCGAUUCAAUCAAAAUCUAUGGUAAAACAAAGGAACAGUUUGGCUGGCCCGAGGAUCCACCAGAAGACUUCUCCUCAGCAUCAGUUAACAAUGUUUGCAGUCCCAGCCUGAACCAGAGCAAUGGUGCCUCAGACGGAGACAUCACCACCCCAACAGCCACCAGUGGGACUGUCCUGGAGAGUUGUGAAACUGAGUCCUUAUCAACCCUGGACCGAUUGGUGGUCAGCUCCCUUGAAGCUUUGGAAAGCUGCUUUGCCAUAGGUUCAUCAAACGAAAAGGAGAAAAACAAGACGGCAGCAUUGGAGUUGGCCACUUUACUUCUGUCCAUGCCGACUCCAGCAGGUGUGCAGCAGCAGACCAAGGGUCUUCUUGCUAGUCUGCACACUAGCCGCACUGCCUACCACAACCACAAGGACCAGUCCCUGCUAAGCAACGCGGUUCAGUGUUUGAACAGCUGCAGCCGUGAGGGGAGGGAGCUUGAUCCGGAUGUUUUCCAGAGGCUCGUGAUCACGGCCCGCUCCAUUGCAAUCAUGAGACCCAACAAUUUGGUGCAUUUCACCGAAACAAAAUCACUGCACCACGACACUGACUCUGUUGAAGAUGGACAGAAGCAAAUGGAUGGGGAAAGUUGCAACUUCAUUGCUCAGUUGAUGAAUAACUUCUGGAAGCUCCAUGCCCUGAAACCAAAGAACCCAUUCCUUGCUCCUGCUUGUCUCCCUGGUCUAACUCAUGUGGAAGCAACAGUCAAUGCCUUGGUGGACAUAAUUCACGCGUACUGCACAUGUGAACUGGAUUACAUCAACGUAGCUUCCAAAAUCUACAUGCAGAUGCUACUGUGCCCUGAUGCUGCUGUAAGCUUUGCUUGUAAGCAGGCUUUAAUCAGAGUCCUGCGGCCAAGAAACAAACGGCGUCAUGUGACUCUUCCAUCUCCCCCGCGCUCCAACACACCAAUCGGAGACAAGGAUGAUGAUGACGAUGAUGAUGCAGACGACAAGAUGCAGUCAUCUGUAAUCACUCGAGGAGAAGAAGGCCGACAGGAGAGCCAAGAGCAGAACGAAGUGGACCAUGGGGAUUUUGAGAUGGUGUCUGAGUCAAUGGUCCUGGAGACAGCAGAGAAUGUUAACAAUGGAAAUCCAUCUCCCCUGGAGGCUUUGCUGGCUGGAGCUGAAGGUUUCCCCCCAAUGCUUGACAUCCCUCCUGAUGCUGAUGAUGAAACUAUGGUAGAGCUGGCCAUUGCUCUCAGCCUUCAGCAGGACCAACAAGGCAGCAGCAGUAGUGCUCUUGGUCUUCAGAGCCUUGGCCUGUCUGGUCAGGCCCCAAGCUCUUCCUCACUCGAUGCUGGAACUCUUUCAGACACAACAGCAUCAGCCCCGGCAUCAGAUGAUGAGGGCAGCACAGCUGCUACUGAUGGCUCGACAUUACGGACCUCCCCAGCUGAGCAUGGAGGCAGUGUGGGCUCAGAGAGCGGGGGUUCUGCUAUCGACUCUGUAGCAGGGGAGCACAGUGUGUCAGGACGCAGUAGUGCCUAUGGGGACACUGCAGUCGAAGGCCAUCCUGCUGGUCCAGGCAGUGUCAGUUCCAGCACUGGCGCCAUCAGUACCACAGCAGCUCAGCAAGAAGGAGAAUGCUCUGAAGGGGAGACGGAGGGAGACAUCAACACAAGCAACAGGUUGCACAUGGUUCGACUAAUGCUCCUGGAGCGCUUGCUUCAGCACCUUUCUCAACUUCACAAUGUGGGAGGAGUUCAGGCCAUCCCAUACAUGCAGGUGAUCCUCAUGCUGACCUCUGACCUUGACGGUGAGGAUGAAAAGGAUAAGGGUGCCUUGGAUGAUCUGCUUGCACAACUCAUUGCCGAGCUUGGGAUGCACAAGAAGGAUGUGUCCAAAAAGAAUGAGCGAAGCCCUGUCAAUGAAGUUCAUCUGGUCAUCAUGAGGCUGCUCAGUGUGUUCAUGUCCCGCACCAAGUCUGGGUCCAAAUCUACCUCUGAGUCAUCAUCCUUGAUUUCCAACGCAACGGCGACUGCCUUGCUCAGCCUGGGGGCCAUCGAUUACUGUCUCCAUGUGCUGAAGUCCUUAUUAGAGUUCUGGAAGGGCCAACAAGGAGAAGAGGAGCCUGUGACCACCAGCCAGCUCCUCCGCACACACACCGCCUCCUCACCCCCUGACAUGAGUCCUUUCUUCCUGCGCCAGUAUGUCAAGGGACAUGCUGCUGAUGUGUUUGAAGCCUACUCUCAGUUGUUGACUGAAAUGGUGCUCCGGCUGCCGUAUCAAAUAAAAAAGAUUGCUGAUUCAAACCCACGAAUCCCUACACCAAUAUUUGACCACUCAUGGUUCUACUUCCUGUCUGAAUACCUGAUGAUUCAACAGACGCCGUUUGUCAGGAGACAAGUUAGAAAGCUUUUGCUGUUCAUUUGUGGCUCAAAGGAGAAAUACCGUCAGUUGCGAGAUUUGCACACUCUGGACUCUCACGUCCGCAGCAUCAAAAAGCUUCUGGAGGAGCAGGGCAUCUUCCUCCGUGCUGGUGUUGUCACGGCUACAUCUGGUUCAGCUCUGCAGUACGACACUCUGAUCAAUCUGAUGGAACAUCUCAAAGCUUGUGCUGAAAUUGCCACUCAGAGGACAAUUAACUGGCAAAAGUUCUGCAUGAAAGAUGAUUCUGUUUUGUACUUCCUGCUCCAAGUCAGCUUCCUAGUGGAUGAGGGUGUUUCUCCAGUUCUGCUUCAACUCCUCUCUUGUGCACUGUGUGGCAGCAAAGUUCUGGCCAACUCCUCCUCAACUUCUUCUUCUUCCGUGUCUGGAGGCGGCUCUGCUGGACAGACAGCAGCAUCCCAGUCCUCUCAGAGCAAAUCCUCCAGCAAAAAAAGUAAAAAGGAGGACAAAGAAAAAGAUAAAGAGGGUGACGGGGCGAGCAGCCAGGAGGAUCAGCUGUGUAUGGCUUUGGUCAAUCAGCUCAACAAGUUUGCAGACAAAGAGACCCUGAUCCAGUUCUUGCGUUGUUUCUUGCUGGAGUCGAACUCAUCUGCUGUGCGUUGGCAGGCCCACUGCUUGACAUUGCAUAUAUACAGGAACUCCAGCAAAUCCCAGCAGGAGCUGCUGCUUGAACUGACUUGGGCGAUAUGGCCAGAGCUUCCUGCAUACGGCCGCAAAGCCGCCCAGUUUGUAGACCUGCUUGGAUACUUUUCUCUCAAAACCCCCCAAACUGAGAAAAAGUUGAAAGAAUACUCUCAAAAAGCUGUGGAAAUCCUGAGGGCCCAGAACCACAUCCUGACAAAUCACCCCAACUCCAACAUCUACAACACUCUCUCUGGCUUGGUGGAGUUUGAUGGCUUUUAUCUGGAGAGUGAUCCAUGUUUGGUGUGUAACAACCCAGAGGUCCCAUUUUCAAAUAUCAAACUGUCAUCUAUCAAAGUUGACACCCGUUACACGACAACUCAGCAAGUUGUAAAACUCAUCGGGAGCCACACCAUCAGCAAAGUCACAGUAAAGAUCGGGGACCUUAAACGCACCAAAAUGGUUCGAAACAUCAACUUGUUUUACAACAACAGGACUGUGCAGGCCAUUGUGGAGCUAAAGAACAAGCCUGCUCGCUGGCACAAAGCUAAAAAAGUCCAGCUAACUCCCGGACAAACUGAGGUGAAGAUUGACCUUCCCCUGCCAAUUGUGGCAUCCAACUUGAUGAUCGAGUUUUCCGAUUUCUACGAGAACUACCAGGCCUCCACUGAGACGCUGCAGUGUCCACGCUGCAGCGCCUCUGUGCCCGCUAACCCCGGGGUUUGUGGAAACUGUGGGGAGAACGUGUACCAGUGCCACAAGUGCAGGUCCAUCAACUAUGACGAAAAAGAUCCCUUCCUGUGCAACGCAUGUGGUUUUUGCAAGUAUGCCCGAUUUGACUUCAUGCUGUAUGCUAAACCAUGCUGUGCAGUGGAUCCCAUUGAAAAUGAGGAAGACAGGAAAAAAGCCGUGACAAACAUCAAUACUCUGCUGGACAAGGCUGACCGGGUCUACCAUCAGCUGAUGGGUCACAGGCCACAGUUGGAGAGCCUGCUGUCUAAAGUCAACGAGGCAGCACCAGAGAAACCACAGGAUGACACUGGAGCAGGUGCAGGACUUGGCGCGUCUUCUGCCAAUGUGAACAGAUACAUUCAGCAAUUGGCUCAAGAGUACAGUGGAGACUGCAAGACAUCAUUUGACGAUCUUUCAAAGAUCAUACAGAAAGUGCUCGCAUCACGCAAAGAACUCUUGGAGUAUGAUCUGCAGCAAAGGGAAGCUGCUACCAAAUCAUCUCGGAGUAGCAGCAGCAAUCAGCCCACCAUCACUGCAAGCCAAUAUCGUGCUCUGUCUGUGCUGGGCUGUGGCCACACAUCCUCAACCAAAUGUUACGGCUGUGCCUCAGCGGUCACAGGCCAUUGCAUCACACUACUCCGUGCACUUGCUACCAAUCCAGCCCUCCGGCAGAUCCUGGUUCUUCAGGGUCUCAUCCGGGAACUCUUUGAGUAUAACUUGCGAAGAGGUACAGCAGCUAUGAGGGAUGAAGUCCGCCAACUGAUCUGUCUUCUCACAAGGGAUCACCCAGAAGCCACCCAACAAAUGAACGACCUGAUUAUUGCCAAGGUGUCGGCUGCCCUCAAAGGUCACUGGGCUAACCCUGACUUGGUUAGUAAUUUGCAGUAUGAAAUGCUGCUGCUGACUGACUCCAUUUCCAAAGAAGGAGGAUGCUGGGAAUUAAGGCUGCGAUGUGCUCUCAGUUUGUUUCUCAUGUCGGUCAACAUUAAAACACCCGUGGUGGUGGAAAACAUCACUCUCAUGUGCCUGAGAAUCUUACAAAAGCUGAUAAAACCUCCUGCACCAACCAGCAAGAAGAACAAGGAUGCUGCUGUUGAGUCUCUCACCACAGUGAGGCCGUACAGUAAUGAAAUCCAUGCUCAGGCUCAGCUGUGGCUCAAAAAAGAUCCUAAAGCGUCUUAUGAUGCCUGGAAAAAAUGUCUCUUGGCAAGAAGCCACGAAGCAGUGUCAAAGCCUCAGGGAAAGGCGGAGUUACGGAGGCAGUACUUGUUGGAGAAGUACGUGUGGAAGUGGAAACUGUUCAUGAGGUCCAGAAAAGGGGAAGGCCUCUUCCCUCGACUGCUCAAACUGAGCCACAACAAUUGGCUGCGCCAGGUUUUGUUCACACCCGCCACCCAGGCUGCAAGACAGGCGGCUUGCACAAUUGUGGAGGCCCUCACGACAAUCCCCAGCCGCAAGCAGCAGGUCCUUGAUCUGCUCACCAGUUACCUGGAUGAGCUGAGCGUGGCUGGAGAAUGUGCUGUGGAGUACCUGGGCCUGUACCAGAAGCUGAUUAAGCCAACUCACUGGAAAGUUUACCUGGCUGCCCGUGGAGUUCUGCCCUACAUCGGAAACCUCAUAACCAAAGAAAUAGCCAAUCUUCUGACGCUGGAGGAGGCGACACUGAGCACAGACUUACAGCAAGGCUACGCCCUCAAGAGCUUGACGGGACUGCUGUCCUCUUUUGUGGAGGUGGAGUCCAUCAAACGACACUUCAAGAGUCGGCUGGUCGGCACGGUGCUGAACGGUUACCUGUGUCUGAGGAAGCUGGUGGUGCAGCGCACCAAGCUCAUCGAUGAGACUCAGGACAUGCUUCUGGAGAUGCUGGAGGACAUGACAACAGGAACUGAGUCUGAAACAAAGGCUUUCAUGGCAGUCUGCAUAGAGACUGCAAAGCGGUACAAUCUGGAUGACUACCGAACACCUGUCUUCAUUUUUGAGAGACUGUGUAGCAUCAUCUACCCGGAGGAGAAUGAGGUAACGGAGUUCUUUGUGACUCUGGAGAAGGAUCCUCAGCAGGAAGACUUCUUACAGGGUCGCAUGCCUGGAAAUCCCUACAGCAGCAACGAGCCUGGCAUCGGUCCUUUAAUGAGGGACAUCAAGAACAAGAUCUGUCAGGACUGUGACCUGGUGGCGCUUCUGGAAGACGACAGCGGGAUGGAGCUUUUGGUCAACAACAAAAUCAUCAGUCUGGAUUUGUCAGUGGCAGAAGUCUACAAGAAGGUUUGGUGUCCAACAAAUGAGGGUGAACCAAUGAGAAUAAUUUAUCGAAUGAGAGGUUUGCUUGGAGAUGCUACUGAGGAGUUCAUAGAAUCUCUGGACUCUACCACAGACGAAGAGGAAGAUGAUGAAGAAGUUUACAAGAUGGCAGGAGUGAUGGCACAGUGCGGGGGCCUGGAGUGUAUGCUCAACAGGCUGUCUGGAAUCAACGAUUUCAAACAAGGACGACAUCUGCUCACUGUUUUGCUUAAGUUGUUCAGCUACUGUGUGAAAGUGAAGAUCAACAGGCAGCAGCUGGUCAAACCGGAGAUGAACACACUCAACGUCAUGCUGGGAACCCUAAACCUGGCAUUGGUUGCAGAGCAGGAGAGCAAAGACAGCGGUGGAGCCUCUAUUGCUGAGCAGGUUCUAAGCAUCAUGGAGAUCAUUCUGGAUGAAGCAAAUGCAGAGAUUUCUGAGGACAAGGGUAACCUGCUGCUCACAGGAGACAAAGACCAACUUGUCAUGUUGUUAGAUCAGAUCAACACCCCCUUUGUGCGCUCAAACCCCAGCGUGCUGCAGGGUCUGCUCCGCAUUAUUCCAUACCUGUCCUUUGGUGAGGUGGAGAAGAUGAAGAUUUUGGUGGAGCGCUUCAAACCCUAUUGCAAAUUUGACAAUUACGAUGAGGAGCACAGUGCAGACGACAAAGUCUUCUUGGAUUGCUUCUGUAAAAUUGCUGCUGGAAUCAAAAAUAACAGUAAUGGUCAUCAGCUAAAAGAUCUUAUACUCCAGAAAGGAAUCACACAGAGCGCACUGGACUACAUGAAGAAGCAUAUCCCAAAUGCAAAAAAUCUGGAUGCAGAUGUCUGGAAGAAGUUCCUCUCUAGACCAGCUCUGCCUUUCAUUCUUAGACUACUGCGCGGUUUGGCAACACAGCACCCCCCCACACAGGUACUGAUAGGAACAGAUUCUAUAACUAACUUGCACAAGCUGGAGCAGGUAUCCAGUGACGAAGGCAUUGGAACCCUGGCGGAGAAUCUUUUAGAAGCGCUAAGGGAGCACAGUGAUGUGAACCUGAAGAUCGAUGCAGCUCGCAGGGAAACCAGAGCGGAGAAGAAGCGGAUGGCUAUGGCCAUGAGACAGAAAGCCCUGGGAACGCUGGGCAUGACGACCAACGAAAAGGGGCAGGUUGUUACAAAGACCUCACUUCUAAAACAAAUGGAGGAGCUGAUAGAGGAGCCGGGUCUGACAUGCUGCAUCUGCAGGGAGGGUUACAAGUUCCAGCCUACUAAAGUUCUGGGUAUUUACACUUUUACCAAACGUGUGGCCUUGGAAGACUUUGAAAACAAGCCUCGCAAGCAACAGGGCUACAGCACUGUGUCGCACUUUAACAUAGUUCACUACGACUGCCAUCUGGCCGCUGUCAGGCUGGCUCGUGGGAGAGAAGAGUGGGACAGCGCCGCUCUUCAGAACGCCAACACAAAGUGCAAUGGACUGCUUCCAGUGUGGGGGCCGCAUGUGCCGGAGUCGGCAUUUGCUACUUGCUUAGCAAGACACAACACAUAUCUUCAGGAGUGCACAGGCCAGAGAGAGCCCACGUACCAGCUCAACAUCCACGACACCAAACUGCUGUUUCUGCGUUUCGCUACGGAGCAGUCGUUCAGCGUGGACACUGGAGGCGGUGGAAGAGAGAGCAACAUCCACCUAAUUCCCUACGUUAUCCACACUGUGCUCUACGUCCUCAACACCACAAGGGCUACAUCCCGAGAAGAGAAGAACCUGCAGAGUUUUCAGGAGCAGCCGUGUGAGAAAUGGGUGGAAACCUCGUACGACGUUGAAGGACCCCACUAUUACACCAUCUUGGCCAUGCACAUCCUGCCACCCGAGCGGUGGAGGAGUUCACGCUUGUAUUUCCUCCGAAGGCUCCUGGCCACUUCACACGCCCGCAGUGUCUCUGCAGUCUUCACAAACAAACUCACAGAUAAAGCACCAAAGGAAUAUGCCGUCUAUCGCUCUCCUCUUCUCUUCUGGGCCCUGGUUGAUCUCGUCUACGACAUGUUCAGGAAAGUUCCUACCAGCAACACAGAGGGGGGGUGGUCCUUCUCACUGGCAGAGUACAUCCGUCACAACGACAUGCCCAUCUACGAGGCCUCAGAGCGCGUGCUGAGGGCCUUCCAGGACGAACUCAUGCCUGCUGAGUCUUUAUCAGAGUUCUGUGAUGUUGUAGGUCUCCUCUCUGAAAUCCCCAACCCAGAUGUUUUCCUGCAGGAUUUGUUAAACUCUUUGCCCUAAUCCAACAUCAUCUGCCCCUUUGACACAAGACAGCCCUGCAAGGAAUGUUGGGACAUCCACCAACUCAAAAACAAAAAAAACAAACAAAAAAAUAAACAACAAAUCACUCUGUUUACACACAGAUUUCACACAACUAUUAUACACUAUGCUCUUACUAAUACUCCACCCCUAUAUGCCAUCUCAUAAAUAACUGUAAGCAGAAACAGUGUUUAAAAAAAAAAGCACCAUUUGUUUUUGGAAACUAACAGGAAUUCAGUGGUGAUCAGAGCAUCCUGAAGGAGGAUUCAGCUAAACAUCCAGUUGUUUUGUGUGUGUGUUUUUUUUUUCCAACAACAAAGCUGAGACUUUGCCUUUGUCCAUCCUGUUUGCGCUGGGAGAAUUGAGUUACUCAUGUUUCAAUGACUUUAAUCUGGUUGAAUUAAAUAAAUUAAAUUUUUGUUUCCAUUUCAUCCUAUGUCUGGCUUUAAUCCCCUCAUCUUUAUAUUUGGUUGAAUUACGGUAACAAAAAACAUUUUAGGGAUUCUACCCACCACAUAGUCUGAGUGACAUUUGAUUUUAUCAGUUUUUUUUUCUUUUGUUUGUCUGCCAUAGCUUUGUGUUUGGUUUUGUUUUAAAACGGCAGAAGGUUUUGUCACAUGCAAGCACCUCUCCUGUUCUUCUUGCUGUUUGGUCUACAUGUGGGUUAUAACUGGAAUCUGCGAGAAGGAGAAGUUAAAAAAAAUGUGUGUUUAACGUUCGUUUUAUCACCCUUGGAAGCAAAAUGGGGGAAUGAAUGAUGACCAAGGUUUUGUUAUUUUUCUCCCUAUCUAUGCCUUUAAAGUAAACGUUGACCUUGUGGAAGAUUCCAUUUGUUGCAAUGAAGAAAACAAAUUGUCUAAAUUAAUAAAACAUACUUGCAUUAUAUCCUUAA